AUGAAGCUCCAGAGGGCACCACCGCUGUCCGCGACCGAUGACGAGGCACAUGUCCCUGUGACAGAGAGGAAGAGGAGUCGGAGCCCGUCGCGGGAAAGGAAAGUGAACAGGCAGAGCCCAGAGUAUAUCUGGAAGAGCGGACUGGCGGGGGGCCUAGCAGGAUGCGCUGCCAAAACCGUAGUCGGCCCGCUCGACCGCGUCAAAAUACUCCUCCAAACCCGCAAUCCCGCUUUCGUAAAAUACGCCGGCCACUGGUCAGGGCUGCACCUCGCGCUGCGCGACAUCCACCGCGAAAACGGCAUCCGCGGCCUCUUCAAAGGCCACUCCGCCACCCUCCUCCGCAUCUUCCCCUACGCCGGCAUAAAGUUCCUCGCCUACGACCAAAUCCGCGCCGUCUUCAUAAAAACUCAGGCCCAGGAGACCCCCGGCCGCCGCUUCCUCAGCGGCAGUCUCGCGGGCAUGUUCUCCGUCUUCUUCACAUACCCGCUGGAGGUCAUACGCGUGCGUCUCGCCUUCGAGACCUCCGCGCAGAAGCGCAGCACCCUCAGGAGCAUUUGCGCAAAGAUCUACAACGAGCAGAGCGCGCCGACGACGCACCACCCCACGAACCCGCUCUCCGCGGCUGCAGCCACGGUCGUGGAGAAGGGCGUUCCGCAGACCGGCCUGGCGAAUUUCUUCCGCGGCUUCACCCCCACCCUGCUCGGCAUGAUUCCUUAUGCCGGCGCAUCUUUCCUCGCGCACGACACCAUGAGCGAUCUCCUCCGGCACCCGGUCCUCGCCCCCUGGACUACCCUCCCACACACUUCCCGUACCGAGUCGGAGACGACAACGUACAAGCCUGCGCAGCUGCAAGGCUGGGCUGAACUCAGCACCGGUGGUUUCGCGGGCUUCUUUUCGCAAACAGUAUCCUAUCCGCUCGAGGUUAUACGGAGGAGAAUGCAGGUUGGAGGCGUGGUGGGCGACGGUCACAGACUGGGCAUCGCAGAGGUGGCCAAAAGAAUAUUCCUGGAAAAAGGGUGGAGAGGUUUCUUUGUGGGCUUGACCAUUGGAUAUGUAAAGGUCAUCCCCAUGUCAGCGACGAGUUUCCUGGUGUGGGAGCGCGGGAAGUACUACCUUGGGAUAUAA